AUGGAGGGAGGAGGAGGAGGAGAGGAAGAGCAGCGCGAGGUACGGCAACCCCAGCACAGUGCUAGGGUCGGCCACGGCCGCGGAUAUGUCAGCGACAGAGCAGGGGCAGCAACUCCGCCUGCAGCUGGAUUCGGCCGAGGCAGAGCCAGAGCUGUGUCCAGGAUUGGCAUUGCCGCAUUGGCAAGAACAACGAAACGAAUGCCGGACCUUUGUUUUGGUUAUGCUCGUGGUCUGAAUUCUGAUGUCUCUGAUCUGAUGGGAUCGUUUAUUCUUAUGAGCCUAGUGUCUGCAUCACAGUCAUUGCACUUUUCCCUUCCUCUGAAAAUGGGCUCUAGUUUAGAAGAUCAAUUUGUCUGGCCUUGGAUGGGUGUUCUAGUUAAUGUGCCUACUGAGUGGAAGAAUGGGCGUCAAGUUGGAGGGAGUGGAAAUCGGCUUAAAGAGCAACUUUCACGCUUCUGCCCACAGAAGGUUAUUCCUCUAUGGAAUUAUAGAGGUCAUACAGGAAAUGCUAUUGUUGAGUUUACCAAAGACUGGAUUGGCUUCAAUAAUGCGCUCGCCUUUGAAAAUCAUUUUGAGGCAGAGGGAUAUGGCAAAAGGGAUUGGAAGCUGAAGAAUGACAGAGGGCCAGAGAUGUUUGGAUGGGUUGCAAGAGCUGAUGAUUAUAGAUGCCAAGGGCCUAUAGGAGCCUUUUUGCGAGAAAAUGGUGAUCUGAAAACUGUUGGUGAUCUUGAAAGUGAAGAGGCUCAUAAAACUGAUCAACUUGUUGCUACUUUAGCUAGCGAGAUUGAAAGGGAGAAACAAGCUGCUCUAGAAAAGAUUCUCAAGUUACAACAGCACUUGGACGCCAAACAGAAGCUUGAGUUAGAAAUACAAACAAUGAAAGGAAAACUGGAAGUUAUGAAGCAUAUGCCAGGUGAGCAGGAUUCUGAGUCAAAGAAGAAGAUGGAUGAACUCACUGAAGAGCUGAAAGAAAAGGUCGCUGAAUCGGAAGAAAUGGAGGCUCUGAACAAAGCUUUAGUUAUCAAGGAAAGGAAGAGCAAUGAUGAGUUGCAGCACGCUCGGAAGGAGCUGAUAGAUGAGCUUGCUGGUUCUGGCCGAGCUAAUAUAUGUAUAAAGAGAAUGGGUGAGCUUGAUCCCAAAGCAUUCGGAAUUGCUUGCAGGAAUAGGUUAUCAAAAGAAGAUGCAGAAGCCACUUCUGCUCUCCUUUGUUCGAAGUUGGAUGCUGAAAUUAGAAACUCAAACUGGUACCCUUUUAAGGUUAAAGUGGUGGAUGGAAAAGAAAUGAGAGUUCUUAAAGAGGACGAUGAGAUGCUCCGGGAGCUGAAAGAAAAACACGGUGAAGAAGUUUAUUGGUUGGUAACAAAGGCACUGCUUGAGAUGGAUGAGUACAAUCCCAGUGGCCGCUAUCCUGUACCAGAGCUGUGGAACAAGAAGGAGGGCCGGAGAGCAACGUUGAAGGAAGGCGUCCAGUACAUCAUGAAGCAGUUGAAGACUCGCAAGAGGAAGCAUUGA